UUAUUUUCUGUCCUUCAUUCUAGAUUUAUGCGGAGUUGGUGGUUGUCAGAUAGAGAAUGUUUCGCUACGCUGUUCAAUCUUCCAAUUCGUGGUGUGCGCGAAAAGCAUCGAAUUUGUGGUCGUCGUAUUCCUCUCGCUUGGCCCGCUUUUCGGAAGAUUCGGGUUCUUCUGGCACAGACCUCCGAAAUCGCGGGAACCCCGAAGACGUCACUUCCGACAGCUCGAAACCCCCGCCGAAUCCCUUCGCUGAAGCUAGGAAAAUUCCUAAUAUCACGCAACCGAAAUCUCGGCAGAAUUUUGGAGACCUUAUUUUCGAGGCGUUCAAGCAUGACGACGAUCAAGUGCGGGUCGUUGACAUUUUUAAGGCCAUCACUAGCACAGGAAUCCCCCUCUCAGAUCCUCGACUCCUGCCCUUUAUGAGGACCUUAGAUGAAAUCAAAAGAGAAUCUUGUGCGGAGUCUGUGAAAACCUUGGUUCUGGAGAAGGACUUGCUGAAUCUGGCUCUCCGAGGCAGCAUGGGUUUAGUGUCACGAGCGUUGAAGAACGAAAUGCGUGUACCCGACUUCACGGAUUUGUGCGCGACGAUCGAUACGAUUUACGAGGAGUGUUGUCGCACUGAUGACGGCGUUCAGGCGACUUACAUCCCGCAGUUGGCCAAGAUGGACCGGGAUCUUUGGGGAGUCAGUUUGUGCACGGUUGAUGGUCAGAGGCAUAGCAUCGGUGACAGCGAUGUUCCCUUUACGAUUCAGUCGUGCAUUCACAAGUACGUGGGGAAGGAGCCGUCGGGGAGAAUGUUCAAUAGUUUGACGCUCGAUUAUGAUAAUAAGCCGCACAACCCGAUGAUCAAUUCCGGCGCUAUAGUGGUGUGUGGAAUUCUCUUGUCGCUGGUUCGCCCAGACAUGGAUUUGGCCACCAAAUUUGAAUAUGUAUCUCAUUAUCUGAAGGCUCUUGCUGGAAAUGAGUUUAUCGGUUUCAACAACUCUGUGUUCCUUUCGGAACGUGCGAGUGGGAAUCGGAACUAUGCAAUCGCGCACUAUCUUACGGAGAAUCGUUGCUUGCCCGACUCCGUGGGCGUUACUGCAGUCCUUGAUUUCUACUUCCAAAUGUGCUCAUUCGAGGCUACUUGCGAGUCAUUGUCCGUGAUAGCUGCCACUUUCGCAAAUGGCGGAAUUUCACCUACGACCGGGGAACAUGUCUUGAAGGCAGAAGCUGUGCGUGAUACCUUGUCGUUGAUGCACACAUGCGGAAUGUACGACUACAGCGGAAAGUUCGCAUUCUUCGUGGGGCUACCAGCCAAGAGUGGGGUUUCUGGAGCAAUUAUGGUUGUUGUGCCAAACAUUAUGGGCAUUGCCACUUUCGCACCUCCGCUAGAUCAAGUCGGGAAUUCUUGCAAGGGCCUCCAGUUCUGUCGCCGGCUUGUCAGUCGCUACAAUAUCCAUCGGUUUGAUGCCAUGAUGAGAGCUACCCAAGCAACUACAUCCAUAAAGGACCUGACGAGGUGUCGUCAUGAUGUUGUUGCAAACAAAUUGGUUCACCUUUUAUUCGCUGCCCACACUGGGGAUUUGUCGGCUUUCAAGCGUCAUAAACUGUCCCAGUCUGAUGUUGAUCUCCGCGAUUAUGACGGACGGACGCCGUUGCAUAUUGCUGCUACGGAGGGACACUCUCAUAUCGUGAAGUACCUUCUUGCUCACAAUGCCAAUGUUGGGAUACGUGAUCGAUGGAAUCGGACUCCUCUCGAUGAUGCGAUCCUCAACGGGCACGAAAACGUGAUAGAAAUAUUAAAAGACGUUUCUGGUGGAUCAUAA